UCUGAGAAUGAGCCACUUGGCACCAGGUUUACUAUAGUUGUUUCAGAUUAGGCUUGCCUUGGAGGCUCAGAAAGGAGGUGCUCUGGGGUUCAUCUCAGCUCACUUCAGCAGCAGGCCCACUCUACCCCCAUGUAGGGCAGAAUGCUUCCAUUACUGUGCUCCUUGAGGAAGAUGCUUCCAGAAACCGCCCAGUAGCCUGGGGGACCUUCAGAGGGCUUUAUCUGGUGAUUUCAGGCUUAAGUGCAGUGAUUGCCCGUCCUCAAUCCACCUUCUUCACUUGAUCUAGCUAAAUGAGCACUCUAACUUGAGUCUAGGUAUUUUGUGUCGGUUCAGAAAAUCCAGCAAAGCCCGUUCUAUAAUCUUGUAAGAAGGAUACCAAGAGACCUUUAGGCUCUAAGACUCGGCCUGUGGCAUAAGAAAUACAAACCAACAAGAGGUCCCAAGCCGCUUCUGUGACCGGAGCAAAUAGGAUCAAACCUGAGAGGCAUAGGCCUCCUCCAUCUUCACAGUGCUUCUACUUCUUGAAGGCGGCUUGUUCUCCUCUUCCUCCCCUCCCUCCUCCAGAAUGCUAGAGAAUAUCUUCCAGUACAUUGAUCUUCAUCAAAAUGAAUUUAUUCAGUCACUUAAGGAGUGGGUGGCCAUUGAGAGUGAUUCUGUUCAACCCCUGCCUCACUUCAGACAAGAAAUCUUCAAAAUGAUGGAUAUAGCUGCAGACAAGCUUCGACACUUAGGAGCCGCUGUAGAUUCAAUAGACAUGGGACAUCAAGAGCUACCUGAUGGGCAGAAUCUUCCAAUACCUCCCAUUCUUCUAGCUGAACUUGGUAAUGAUCCAAAGAAACCCACAGUGUGUUUUUAUGGUCACUUGGAUGUGCAGCCUGCUAAAAAAGAGGAUGGGUGGCAUACAGACCCCUUCACCCUGGUAGAAGUUGAUGGAAAACUUUAUGGACGAGGAGCAACAGACAAUAAAGGACCUGUUUUGGCUUGGAUUAAUGCAGUGGGUGCCUUCCAAGCCCUCAACCAAGAUAUCCCAGUGAAUAUUAAAUUCAUCAUUGAAGGAAUGGAAGAAGCAGGUUCAGUUUCAUUAGAUAAGCUUGUCGAAAGAGAAAAAGACCGUUUCUUCUCCAAUGUUGACUACAUUGUCAUCUCAGACAACUUGUGGAUUAGCAAGAAGAAGCCUGCACUCACUUACGGAACCCGAGGAAACAUAUACUUCACUGUGGAGGUGAAAUGCAGGGAGCAAGAUUUUCAUUCAGGAACAUUUGGUGGCAUCCUCAAUGAGCCUAUGGCUGAUUUGGUAUCCCUUCUUGGAAGCCUGGUAGAUUCAUCAGGCCAUAUUCUGAUCCCUGGGAUCUAUGAUAAUGUGACUCCCCUUUCAGAAGAGGAAAAGAAGAUGUAUGAAACUAUUGAUUUGAACCUAGAAGAAUAUCAAAAUAGUAGCCAAGUGGAAAAAUUCCUAUUUGACACCAAGGAGGAAAUCCUCAUGCACCUUUGGCGGUAUCCAUCUCUUUCUAUCCAUGGGAUCGAGGGAGCGUUUGAUGAACCAGGGGCUAAAACAGUCAUACCCGCCCAAGUAAUAGGAAAAUUUUCAAUCCGCUUAGUGCCUCAUAUGAAUAUUUCUGUCGUGGAGACACAGGUGAAAAAGCACCUUGAGGAUAUAUUCUCUCAGCGCAAUAGUUCCAACAAAUUGAAAGUCACCAUGAUGCUGGGAGUCCACCCAUGGAUUGCUAAUAUUCAUGAUAUUCAGUACAUCGCUGCGAGAAGAGCAAUCAAAACAGUGUUUGGAGUAGAUCCUGAUAUGAUACGAGAUGGAUCAACUAUUCCAAUUGCUAAAACAUUCCAGGAUAUUAUCCAAAAGAGUGUGAUGAUGCUACCACUAGGAGCUGUUGAUGAUGGAGAACACUCUCAGAAUGAGAAAAUAAACAGGUACAACUAUAUAGAGGGAUCCAAAUUGUUUGCAGCCUUUUUCUUGGAGGUGGCUAAGAUGCAUUCAUAACUUCCUCCAGCUUCCAACCCCACAAUUACUAAACUAUCAGA